AUGCCCGAAAUCAAAAUAACACCUUUGGGAGCUGGUCAGGAUGUCGGACGAAGCUGUAUUUUGUUGUCAAUGGGUGGUAAAAAUAUCAUGCUGGAUUGUGGUAUGCACAUGGGCUACAAUGAUGAACGACGGUUUCCUGACUUUUCGUAUAUUGUUCCCGAGGGUCCAAUAACGAGUCAAAUAGAUUGUGUUAUUAUAUCGCAUUUCCACCUUGAUCACUGUGGCGCUUUACCUUAUAUGUCAGAAAUGGUAGGAUACACGGGUCCUAUUUAUAUGACGCAUCCAACCAAAGCCAUAGCUCCAAUUCUUCUAGAAGAUAUGAGAAAGGUAGCUGUUGAAAGAAAGGGUGAGUCAAACUUUUUUACAUCACAAAUGAUUAAAGACUGUAUUAAGAAAGUAACAGCAGUAACCCUUCACCAAUCUGUAAUGGUUGAUAAUGAGUUGGAGAUUAAAGCAUAUUAUGCAGGCCAUGUUCUUGGGGCUGCUAUGUUUUGGAUCAGAGUAGGCUCACAGUCUGUGGUUUACACUGGUGAUUACAAUAUGACUCCUGAUCGACAUUUAGGUGCAGCAUGGAUAGAUAAAUGCCGCCCUGAUUUAUUGAUAUCAGAAUCAACAUAUGCAACUACCAUAAGGGAUUCCAAACGUUGUCGUGAAAGAGAUUUUCUUAAGAAAGUCCAUGAAUGUGUUGAAAAGGGUGGCAAAGUUUUGAUACCUGUGUUUGCUUUAGGAAGAGCACAAGAAUUAUGUAUUCUACUUGAAACUUAUUGGGAAAGAAUGAAUUUAAAGUACCCAGUGUAUUUUGCUCUAGGCUUAACUGAAAAAGCAAAUAAUUAUUACAAAAUGUUUAUUACAUGGACAAAUCAGAAGAUUAGAAAAACUUUUGUUCAAAGGAACAUGUUUGAUUUCAAACAUAUCAAACCUUUUGAUAAAUCCUACAUUGACAAUCCUGGUGCAAUGGUAGUAUUUGCUACACCUGGUAUGUUGCAUGCUGGCCUGUCUCUCAAUAUUUUCAAAAAGUGGGCACCAUAUGAACAAAACAUGCUAAUCAUGCCUGGUUUUUGCGUCCAGGGCACAGUUGGGCAUAAAAUAUUAAAUGGAGCAAAGAAAAUUGAAUUUGAAAAUCGCCAAGUUGUAGAAGUUAAGAUGGCAGUUGAGUACAUGUCUUUUUCUGCACAUGCUGAUGCAAAAGGCAUCAUGCAGUUGAUACAGUAUUGUGAGCCAAAGAAUGUGCUUCUUGUCCAUGGAGAAGCUCAGAAAAUGGAAUUUUUAAAGGAUAAAAUUGAAAAAGAAUUUAGUAUAAAUUGUUACAUGCCAGCAAAUGGGGAAACUGCAGUAAUUAACACACCAACAAAGAUACCUAUAGAUGUGUCCUUAAGAUUACUCAAAGCCGAAGCAGUGAGAUACAAUGCCCAGCCCCCAGAUCCAAAAAGAAGAAGAGUAGUUCAUGGAAUACUUUGUGUUAAAGACAACAGAUUGUCCUUCCUAGAUAUUGAUGAAGUUUGUGAAGAAAUUGGUAUAAACAGGCACAUAAUCCGCUUCACUAGCACUGUUCGUUUUGAUGAUCCUGGUCCUGCCGUCAAAACGGCUGAGAAAUUAAAAGGCUUACUAACUGAAAAAUUGCAAGGAUGGUCUAUAACUAUAUCGGAUGGUAAUAUAUCUGUUGAAUCUGUUCUGAUCAAAGUUGAAGGUGAAGAUGAAAGUACAAAGAAUAUUUAUGUGUCUUGGACAAAUCAAGAUGAAGAUUUGGGGAGUUACAUUUUGGGAUUAUUACAGUCUAUGGUACAGUGA